AUGGAGAAUCUUCCCUCUAUUCUGGAAAGCAUAUACACCACAUGGCUAAGCCUCAACUCCACUAUGUGGGCCAUGGACGUGAUCCUUGCCUUUGUGUGUGGACUGGGGCUCUACAUCCUGCUACUUCCCUUCCUUGAGAGUCAUCUAUCUUCACCUUUACCAAAUAUGAAGUUCACCAGGAGGCCUCAGCUGCAGAUGACCUGUCAGAGCCGGUGCAGGAAAAAGUUUAGGACUUUUUUUUGGAAAGAUCCCAAAGAAAAAGGCCUGAAAAAGCUGAAAGAAAAAGGAAAAGAUGGAUUAUUUCUAGAAGAAAUUAGCCCAGGACACCAUUUGAAUUCUUUAGGAAACAUGUCUAGGUCACUAAGUACUAAGCAAGACAGCACUACCCUGCCACCCUUCUGGAACCUGGAAGAAAAAUCAGAACAGCAGAUGGCCACUCAGAAACUAUCAUAUCCCAAGAUCUUGGGAGACCAUUUUCAACAGAAAUACAAGCAGCUUUUCUGGGGUCUCCCUUCUCUGCACAGUGAAUCUCUAGUGGCUGCUGCCUGGAUCUCUCAGACUUCUUCUACUCUUCCUUCUCCCUUUUUCUUAUUCAAUGUCAUCUCAAGUGUUUAUCCAAUUCAAAUGCAAGAUAAAAUGUCUUCAGUGCUUUCCCACACACAUCCUCUGUCCUACCUGGACCUCCAAUCUCCGCCCUUAAUUCUGUCUCCACCCCAAUUUCAGCCCCCAGUUCUGAAUCAAGUCCAUCUUCAAUCCCCUCUCCCAGCUCUACUACCCUCUCCCCUACCCUACACAAGGGAUUAUGGAACAUCUUGUUCUCAGUCACAAAGUAAGCCACAGUGUCUCCCUACGGAAGCACAAUACAGAGAAAGGCCCUCACUGGCAAAACAACCAGAAAGUAGAUUGGCUUUUCCUUUGAUGGACCAGAGACCUCAAAAAGUCUAUGAUGUCUUGGCCCCUGACCUUUCCCAAGACUUGGCAGUCUCUAUCCUUCCUGACAAUUUUCCAAUCAGCUCUGAGCUCCGGGAGAAGCUGGAGCAACACAUACAAAAGUGGCUCAUUCAACACCGAUGGGAUCUUCCUCGUAAGAUACAAGAGUCUCUGGAUGUUAUGCAGUUUCAGAACAUAGUAACAGCAACUUGUCAAACCAGGGACAAACCUGGUUGCUCACAACCCUUUGUGUCUGUGGGUGAACAUAGCAAGGAUGGCCAAAAGGUGAGAUUCCAGCUAGAAAAGGAAUCUGGCAAGAAUUUGGGACCUAUUCUAGGAAAGAUAUCAAAAGAUCCAAUCAGGUACUUAGAAAAACCUCCAGUAAAAAAGAAUCUAGAAAACACCCUGAAAUCUCAUUUGGGCACAAAGUCAGGGCAAAUCAAUCAAGGUCUGAUCCCUCUGAGUGUGCGCCGAUCCUGGCUUGCUAUGAACAAAGGUUUUUCCACGUCUGACAUCCGUAUGGAAACUAAAAAUUCAGCAUCCUCGAAGAGUUCAGAAAAGUCUGUGAGCUCUUCACAGAAACUUGCCUUUCUUGAUCCAGACACUCGACAGUCCUUGGAGGCACAUGUUGUAAGAUUUUGGGUGAAGCACAGGUGGAGUCUACCCCUCAAGAUACUCAAGCCCAUACAUCUCUUUAAGUUGAAAAGUGUUGAAUCCUUGCCCAUUGCAGUGUGUGCCCCGCCCCUCGAAAACACCCCUGUAUCUGGGACCAGUUCAUCAAUUGAGGUAGUUGGGUUUCUAGAAAAACCAUCUCAGACAUGCUUCAGAGAGGUUAUAAUUAAGGAUUCUUCAUCAUUAGGGAAUCUUCUCCUUGUCUCCUCUUCUUGUAAGGAUAUCGAAAAAGCCCUGGGAGUGCUUCCUUGUGAUGUUGACCACGAGUCUUCAAAGGCCCUGCCAACCAAACCAGAGAGCAGACAUCAUUCUGAAAUUCUCACACAUAACUUAAUGGAUACACUCUCUCAGAGUGGGACUGUCCUAGAGAAAGAGAAAGAGAUGAAAGAAGUCCUUUUACUGUCUAAAAGGACUAGUCCACACAGCCACCAAGCAAAAGUUGUUAGUGAGUCUCCAAAUAAUGUGAAGACAGAAUCAGCAGGCCAGUCACAAGUCUAUACCACUUCUGUGUUCCUUCCAGAGCAUUCCAGGAGCAUGCUUCUUACUAAAGACACUUUGGCUUCACAGGUGUUAGGUGACAUUGUGGUGGUAGGAGGGGACAAUAGCCUAGUGCAGCAGAAACCUAGUACUCCAAAGCAUCAACUCUCACAGAAGGAGCAAAUCAAGGUUUUGGCCCCUACUUAUCAAGGUGAAGACACUAAAAAUCAGAGUAAAGGAAAGCAUGAAGAAAAGCCCAAGUUCACCAGAGUCAAGGAGAAAGAAGAAAUAUUUAGAAGUAAACACUAUCAGCCCCCUCCAAAACCCACACUGGUUCCUCCAGAAAGCCCCUUCCAAAAGCUUUUGAGCCGCUUUUUUCGAUGGAUUCAACUCAAGAGAACAAUCAAAGAGCAGAAAUCUCCUCCCAAGAAAGGUAAGCCUACCACAACUGCCCAGAGCCAACCAAAGCAAGUGAAAAAGAAACAUGUGGACAGCAAUGUUGCUGAGGCCCAGGAGCUUAUGGCAGCUGUUGGAGAGAUAUUAGAAAAGAAAAUGAUGCUGCAACGUACACUACGUGAUUCAAAGUUCAACCAGCAAAGGGAAACUCGACCACCCCAUGCCCCUCAGUCUUCCUAUGGCCACCAGCCAGCCUCCAACACAGAGCAAAGGAGAACGCCCAGUCACCCAGCCAGUUCCUCUUGUAAGAAGUGUUCUAUACAGGACAGGCACAGAGACCAACCAUCUCAGAAAAUUGUACGAUUUAGCAAUGAACCACAGACCCCUCAGGAUCCCAGCCUCUUGUCCUCUAACACACCUUCGAACCUAGUGUGUUCCUCCUACUAUGGAAGAGUAGUGCUAGGUGUCUCAGGUCACCAACUCCACUGUCCUAGGCACUGUGCUCUUCGGAGAAGUGUCUGUAGCCAACUAUAA